AAUACUGUUACUAAAUUAGUAGGAUCAAAACUGUUUAGCAGUCUUAUAGUAAAAACAAAGAUCUUAUUAUUAUUUUUUAAUCAAAUUGAUUCUGAUAUUGCCGUUGAUCGAGAGGGUGCCCCAAUUUCUCCCCCACACAAAUUUCAAAAAAACCCAAAUUAUGUUGUAGAAAUUGACCACCUUGAACACAAAAAGAUUGAGCCUAAAGUGGCCGAAAAAAAGGAGACUACCGCUACUAAUGGUGUAAAAUCGUUAUUCGCAAGAGGUCUUAUAACCUUAGUAAACAAAGUACGCAUUUACACUAAAUUGCAAAUCACAAGUAUACCGGAAUAUAUAAUUGCCGGUGGUUUAUCCGCAGCAUUAGUAAUGGCACCAGUUAAAAGUGUUAUUACAAAUUCAAGAACUGGUGCUGCGUUGCUCCGAGAUGGUCCAGGAUCAACUGCCUAUUUCGGAGCUUAUGAACUUACAAAAGACUUAACAACUCGACAUUGA